AUGAAAUUGCAGCCGUGUCCAGAGAAAAUUAAACCAUCUUACAUUGAAAUGGGUAGUGUUUUUCAGGUGGUACCCCCUAAAGACUCCAUCUGGUUCGAAGGUCAGUCCCUGAGGAAGUCUUUGCCCGUCAACAACAAACUUGACUUGAUCAGAAGCCUCAGUAGAUUCUUUACUUUAUUCGUGCUCUUGCUGUCCGGUGUUGGACAAAUAAGAUAUCGCAUCAGAAGAGUACCUGAUAAAAAACUUGAAGAUGUUCGUCAACUUAUAAAGGAUAAAUAUAACAAAGGAUCAAGAUUACCCUUGAAAGAAAAACUGGUUACCUCCUCAAACUUAAAACCAAUACCUAAAAUCAACCCUAUACCAAAAAGUAAUGUGAAUUAUAAUGGAAAAGUUAUAAAUAAUUUAUCAAAUCAAAGAUAUCCGUUGAUUUAUAAUAUCCCAAGAAAAAAGAAUAUUGUUAAUCUACAAAGUGGACUAAUGAAAGAUAAUUUUAAGUCGAAACUCGUUAAAGAAGUAAAUACUACACAGCAAGAAUCCCUUCCAAAACCAAACCGUUUUACGGAAGAUUCUGAUGAUGAUAGAACUGUAAUUGAAAAAACAAAAGAAUCUACAACAACUGAUAAACCACAACAACCGACAACGCAAAGCCAAAAGAUAGAUACUCAAAUUGAAAAAGCAGUAGUUAAUCACUCUAAUAAAAGUGCGAUUUUACAUAACAACACUGAAGAAAAGAAAAAUUUGCUUUCAGAAGAUCAUUUUAUUAAUAAAGGAAAAUUUAUAUCAGCUGAAGACGACUUGAAUAAUUUUGACUACGACGAAAUAGAUGACGUGUUAAAUAAGACGAGUUUUUACAAACCAGAAGAUCAAAUGGAAGAUAUUUCAUCGAAUAAUUUUACUAAUGACAGAAACGGUGUACCUGAUACGCAAAUUAUAGACAAUAAAAACGAAACAUUAGCUGAAGACGAGUUAAAACUUGAAAAAGAGGCUCGUCAAAAUGAGGAUGAAAGACCAAUUGUCGCUGAAAAGCCAUCCAUUAAUUUACCUCUAAAUGUAAGGAAAAUAACAUUGCCUUUGAAAGAGAAAAAAACAAAAAUUAUUUUUCUUGUAUCACCUAAGACCUCCUUGGAGCAGGAGUCCUCUUUGGGAGAGUCUAAGGUAUCUGGUAAUAAUAACAAGCACUUGUCUUCGCAGGUUUUGACAGACAAAAUCACUUUUAGCAAUAACAAACUUAAUGGAGUUCCAAAAUCAUCAGAUUUAGAAAAUGAAAAAUUUGACGUCAUUGAAAUAAUACAACAUAAUAUCACUGAGGUUGUUGAAAGGAAAGCGCCGUCAAUUGAUGAUAGCGAAUCUAGUUACGUGACAUCAACAUCGAAUUCAUACAGAACGCAAACAAACAACUUCGUAAAUGAUAAACCAGACGUAACCUACGUUCAAACACCUUACGAAUAUCCAUAUACAAACUAUAUUCAAGACGGUUCUUCUUAUUACAAAAAAUAUCCAAACUUUAAUAGCUUUGAGAGAAAUAUAAACGACGACGCAUCAAAUAAAAUAUGGAGAUCAUGGAUUGACACAAAAGUAUUGAUAAAAACUUCAUCGAAGAAUCCUGAUUUGAGUCCAUCGUCAAAUUAUAACAUACCUAAGAAAUUAAAUUACAACAAUUUUGCUUACAAAAACGCCGUACCAAAUAUGUACACGUCUUAUCCAUGUUAUGUUUAUCCUAAUAAUUGUUACGCCUCAACCAAUGGUUACUACAAUGGUAACGCUUAUUAA